AAAGAUAACUCUCCUCUUGUUGCUGCCUUCUCACUUCUCUCCACAAACCUUAACAUCCCAUCUGUCACAACAUCUGACACUGUCUCUCCUCCCUCUCUCUCUCUCUCCCCGCCUGUUCCCGCCCGUCUCUAUCGCCCCGCUGAUGCAAAAAUCACACGCACACAUUAGUUUAAUGUGUGUAUGAAAGCUCUUUGAUCGUCCUGGGAGACUAACAGCAGAGAUCUCAUUUGAUCUGCUGGCGUGUACGGCCGCCGUGCACACCGUGGAUCAAAGUAGGGCCAACAGCAACAUGGUUAAUAUCCUAACAAUCAACAGGAAAUUACAUUAAUUCACUGACACAGCCUGGACAUCGCGUCCUUUCAUCAACACCACCCGCUUUCCACUUGAGUAACCCCCACCCACCCCACUUUUUUUUUUUCCUCUCUCCUCUCCCGCAUUUCAUAAAUUCAAGAGAGGCAAGAAAAAGAGGGGGGGAUGUGUUGAAGAGGAGGAGAGAGUGGACGAAGGGAGGAGAUGGGGAGACAGGAGUCAGCAGCGUGAGUUGGCAGGGGUCACCCUCAGAGCAGUAAGCAAAGAGGAAAACACACACACACACACACACACACACAGACACAGACACAGCAUGGAUGCAGCUAGUGUGUGCAACAGCAGAUCAGGUUGUCCUGGCUCCUACAGAUGCUUCACGGGACGCUGAGGACGAGGACGAGACCGACAUGAGAGGAUGAAGAAGUAGCGCUGCCCAGAGGACGUAUUCUAACCUCCUGACGUGUAAACACAACGAUGGCUGAAACUCUUGCCAACAUGUCAGUCUCCAUGGUAACAGACUCACACCCGUCCGUCGACUGGUCGGUGGUGUCCGUGACGCCGGCGGGUGCUAACGUCACAGAGCGGGAGCGUGACGCCCUGCUGGCGGUGGCCGAGGUGGUGGUGCUGGCGGUCAUCUUGGUGAUGGCGCUGCUCGGUAACGGGCUGGUGCUGGUGGUGUUGCUGCGGCGGAGACGACACCACAACCCACUGCACCAGUUCAUGCUCAACCUGUGUGUGGCCGACCUGGUGGUGGCUCUGUUCCAGGUGUUGCCUCAGCUGGUUUGGGACGCCAAGGGCCGCUUCCCUGGCCCCGACUUCCUGUGUCGCCUGGUGAAAUACCUGCAGGUCCUCGGGAUGUUCGCCUCCUCCUACAUGAUCGUGGCCAUGACGGUGGACCGGCACUACGCCAUCUGCUGCCCCCUGGAGGCGCACCGCAGCGGGGCCACCCAGCGCUGGAAUACCUUCAUACUGCUGGCCUGGGGUCUGUCACUGCUGCUCAGCCUGCCACAGGUUUUCAUCUUCUCCCGUUCAGAAGUGGCUCCAGGGGUGUAUGAGUGUUGGGGCAAUUUUGCUGAGUCCUGGGGCCUCAAGGCCUAUGUGACCUGGAUGACCCUGGCUGUCUUCAUCCUCCCCGUCCUCAUCAUCACCGUCUGUCAGGUGCGAAUCUUCAAGGAGAUCCACAACAAUCUGUACCUGAAGUCAGAGCGCCGCCUGACCCCCACCUCCCUCCCUCCAUCCAGACGGGACAGAGCCCCCUCCGCCCGCGGUGGAGAGGUAUCAGCGGCCAUGUCAAAGACAGUGAGGAUGACGCUCGUCAUAGUGCUCGUCUACUCACUCUGCUGGGCCCCGUUCUUCAGCGUCCAGCUGUGGGCCGCCUGGGACCCCGACCCACCUCAGAACGGUGCGGUGUUCACCUUGCUGAUGCUGCUGGCCAGUCUGAACUCCUGCACCAACCCCUGGAUCUACUCCGCCUUCUCCAGCAGCGUCUCCCCGGAGCUCCGACUGCUGCUGCUCUGUCGCGCCCACACCCAGCGCCGGAGCUCCUUACCCAACGACUCCACCGCCACACACACCUCCAACUACUGAACCACGCAGGCUAUACACAUCCACCACACAGUCAAGUGCAAAAUGCUGCCAUGUCACACAUAAAUACACAACAGAGUCAGCAUGAUCUACUAUCUGUAGAACACAACAAAACUUUUUUCCACAUGUGAAGGUCAAUGAUUAUGAAAGGAAGUUAGCUGAACAUUUUGCGAAAUACACUCACCCGCUUUCUUGAUGAGAGUUGGCGAGAAAAGGGGCUACAGCUAGGAGAAGGUUAGCUUAGCAUAAAGAGAAACAGUUAGCCUGGCUAGCUAACGUUACAGUCUAUCUAGAGCAAACUAAUGAACAUAUUAUAUCGUUUGUUUCAUCCGCACGUUAUAUGUCGUAUUUGCACAAGAAGCUGAGCGGGAAAAAAAAUGCUAAUUUGUCUUUAGGUGGUUGUAAUUACCCGACUAUUUGUUGGCUUGGAGGUGUUACCAGGCAACCAGCAGCAGCUCCGCUGGUCACAUCCGGGAAUUUGUCGGGAGAUUUGACCUCACGUUAAUGACGAACUGUUGUUCAAUUAAAUAAAUAAGAUAUAAGGCGUCAAUUAGCGAACUUUAGAAAUGUUGUUUGGUGGAUUUAGUAAACUUUGGAUAGAGCCCAGUUUCCAGACUUUAUGUUACCAUCAGUCGGCUAACGAUAGCUGUAAACAAGCUAGCUCUGUCCAACUGCUAGCACUUCUAAAGCUCACUAAUUGACACAUUAUACCUCACGCAACAUGAUAUAUUAAUCCCUACAAAAACAAGAUAGCUAAAAAACCAACAGUUCGCCCAUUUCUAGAGAAGGGUUAGGAUGCUGUAUUUAAGUUUUGUCAUCGCGACAUAGCCAACGUUAGCGUUAACAGCUGUUUACUCAGCAUUAGCUUCAGCCAUCGUGGUGGCUCGAGCUUUCGCCAUUCAACCAAUCGGAGGCUCUGUGUAGUAAAUGCUUUUAUCCACGAAAUAGUCGAGCACUUUUUUGGCACGGAUUCAACAAGAUAUAACAUGUCAAAUAGUCUUAAAUAAUUAUAUAUAACGAGAAAUAAUAGUUAAAAAUAAAGUUAUAUGGACAAAGUUAAGUACCCGACUAUUUCUUGGCUUGGUUCCAUUGCUAGGCAACCAGGGGAGGCUCCUGGUUGUGAACGCUUUUUUUAUCCAAUGUGUCGCUUGGUUUUGUGUCGAUUAAAGAAUCAAGAUUAAAAAAAUCAAUUGGUGAGCUUUAUAAUUUUUGGCAACUCCAUUUACCAAGACUGUCAAAUGACAGCACCAGGGCGGCAGUUUCCAGUUUUAAUGCUGAAAUACGCUAAGCUAACCGGCAGCUAGCGCGGUAGCCUCCCUUUAACUGGACAAGAAAGCAAAUAUUUCCCCAGUGUUCAACUAUUAUUAUUUACACAUUGCUGUAACAAAUUUUAUUAAGUGUAAUUAUGGUAAAUGUACCUGUUUGUGUGUCAUUUCUCCAUCCACUCAUUUUCUGACAGCACAAAUUAAAUGCAAGGACUUCUGUUUUACAAACCGUUUAUUCAUUCAUUCUCCAGUCAUAAAAACAUAAAAACAUCUACUGCAACUAAAAGAAAAAAAGUUAUUUUCCAGAAACUUAACACACUGAUUUGUUCAUCUCUCUCUUUUUUUUUUUU